CGGUUCCCCUGCAUACAGCGUCUGAUGGAGAAGGGGGUUAUAGACGGCUUCAGCCCUUGCUCCGUUUCGGCUCCGCAGCCCCCCAGUGCCCCUCCUGCUGUGCUGAGCCUCCUCUCUCCGCCCAGCCUCCAGCUUCCAUGAGAUUUUUUAGGCUCACCUUCAAGUGUUUUGUGGAUUGCUUCUGAAAUCUAACGACCUAUUGACUUUGUGUUCAAAUCAUCUCAGUCCCAUCUUUGCACCAUGUUAUCAGCCUCAACACAGCUUCAUUCAGGUGGAAUUGGCUGUCCCCGUGCCCCUGAAAGCGAAAACACUGAGCUGGCUGGUGACCCAGAGUCUGGUCAGGAAGAUAAAUCUGUAUUGACUCCUCUCGUUGUCACAAACGGUUGUGUCAAAGAGCCAGUAUCGGAGCGAGAGACAUGGACACGACAGAUGGAUUUCAUCAUGUCCUGUGUAGGGUUUGCUGUGGGACUGGGUAAUGUUUGGCGAUUUCCCUACCUGUGUUAUAAAAAUGGUGGUGGAGUCUUCCUCAUUCCUUAUUUGCUGAUUGUUUUGGUGGGAGGAAUCCCAGUUUUUUUCUUAGAGAUUGCACUGGGGCAGUUCAUGAAACAGGGAGGUAUCGGUGCAUGGAAUAUCGUACCUCUCUUCAAAGGUUUGGGCUUCGCUUCGAUGGUGAUUGUGUUUUUCUGUAACACGUAUUAUAUCAUGGUGCUUGCCUGGGGCUUGUACUAUCUCAUCCAUUCCUUCACCAACAAUCUUCCUUGGGCAACGUGUGGAAACUCGUGGAACACUCCAGAAUGUACUGAAGUCUUCCGACAUGAUCAAUGCUACAACGGGACCAUUGUUAACUCCACGGCCUUCAAUGUGAGCUGUGAUGAGCUCGUGGACAAGCGCUCGCCCAUCAUUGAGUUUUGGGAGAGGAAGGUGCUGCGUAUCUCUGUUGGGAUUGAUCACCCCGGAUCUAUCAACUGGCAGAUGCUCCUGUGUGUCCUCGCCACCUGGAUUAUCGUCUAUUUCUGUAUUUGGAAAGGUGUGAAGUCAACAGGGAAGGUUGUCUAUUUUACGGCCUUAUUCCCCUACCUCGUUCUGGUCAUCCUCCUUGCUCAUGGGGUCUCACUUCCGGGAGCUUUGAAUGGCAUCAUUUAUUAUCUGAAACCUGAUUGGUCCAAGCUUGGUGAAGCUCAGGUUUGGAUUGAUGCAGGAACCCAGAUCUUUUUCUCAUAUGCGAUUGGAUUAGGAGCACUUACAGCACUAGGCAGCUACAAUCGUUUUCACAACAACUGCUACAGAGAUGCAUAUCUCCUGGCUCUGAUUAACAGCACCACCAGCUUCUUCUCUGGGUUUGUUGUAUUCUCUGUGCUUGGCUUUAUGGCAUCUGAACAAGGGAUCGAUAUCUCCAAAGUGGCUGAGUCUGGACCUGGCCUGGCUUUCAUUGCGUACCCCAAAGCCGUGACCCUGAUGCCAAUUGCCCCUCUCUGGGCAGCUCUGUUCUUCUUCAUGCUCCUGAUCCUCGGCUUGGAUAGUCAGUUUGUGGGAGUCGAGGGUUUUAUCACUGGAAUCAUGGACCUGUUCCCAAUGUACGUGUCUGGGGGACUGCGGAGGGAGAUCGUCGUUGCAGUUUGCUGUCUGAUCUGUUUUGUCAUUGACCUGUGCAUGGUAACAGAAAGUGGCAUGUACAUCUUCCAGCUGUUUGAUUAUUACUCUGCUAGUGGCAUCACAUUGCUGUGGCAGGCGUUCUGGGAGUGUGUGGUCGUGGCCUGGGUGUACGGUGCAGAUCGCUUCAUCGAUGACAUUGCUCGGAUGAUUGGUUAUCGCCCAUUACCCUGGAUCAAGUGGUGCUGGCUGUUUAUCACCCCCUGUGUCUGUGUGGGAAUCUUCCUGUUCCAUAUUGUAAACUACAAACCCCUCACUUACAACAAGACCUAUGUGUACCCCUGGUGGGGCGAGAUGAUUGGCUGGAUCCUGGCUAUAGCUUCCAUGGUCUGCAUCCCCCUCACUGUGGGAAUCAAGAUGCUUCGAGCUGAGGGAACCCUCAAACAGCGCUGGCGAUGCCUGACCACUCCAGUGUGGGGCUCACAUCACCUGCAGUACAUGAACACAGAGAUCUCCUCCAAAUUCUGUUCACCAGAAGGGCAAAUCCAGGGGCACAAAGAGAAGGAAACAGCCAUCUAGCUGCCUUGCAGAGUGGAGCUCUCUCCUGUAUCCCUCAAAUCCAAUUCCCUUCACUGCUCUGCCAAGUUCUGUCUGUGAUUUUGCAUAUCAUCAAUUCCCAUGCAGAUUGCACACGUAAAUCUUCAGGUGUUUUGUACAGAGUGUAGCUGUCAAUGUCAGUGUAAUGGCUGUUUUUUUUUGGCUGUAUUGUUUGCUUUGUAAAUAUGCACGGUUUUAGGAAUCUGCACUGUGACCAGGCACAGCAACGGGUGUUAGAAAUGCUGAGGUUCAACCUCCCAAAUCUCUAACGAAGACCAGCCAACAGCAUUCUCUGAUCCUCUCCAUCCUCUCCAUUCAAAUUGGCCUUUUCUGGGUAAAGCAAGCUGGUGUCAACAUUGGGCUUGAAAUGAAAAGGCCCCAUCCAUCUCAGGAGGAGCUCGCCAGGGAAUGGACCGUACUGACGGAGCGACAGAGAGAGGGAGACAGCGCAAGAACAAGAGCCAGCUACACACCAGAGAGGCAGGAACAAGAGAGCAGAAGCUCAGGGUGUGGACGGGAAGAGGUUGCUUGCACACAAUUUGAGGGCUGACUGCGCAGAGAUGGCAGUAGGAGCUUUUGAGGCAGGUACACUGAACAAGUGAAGAUUGCAACAGCACGCGAUGAGGAGAUGGGUACCAAUCUCCGGUCCAGUCUUUCACAGUUUGUAACAUAACUGACGUUUCAUGCUACAAGUUACUCAGGUCACUUCAUUGUUUCUCCUCAUUCUGGUUGGCUUGUGUGAAUGGAGAGAGGUGUGGGAUAUAUCUGUGCUCUGUUUAUUAACAGUAUUACACUUCAGUGGCUCCAUGCACCCCCUCGAUUCAUUUUGACUCAAGCUUUUAGAAGUUGUAUAAGAAAAACCUUUCCUUUUCUAUUGUACCUUUCAUAGUCUCUAGACCUUCCAAAGAGCAUCAAAGCCGUGAAGUAUUUUUGCCGGGUGUCCGUUGGUGGAGUGAAGGAAAGCUGACAAGAACCCACAAACAAAAGCAUGAUAAAGCUGUGUGUCAGUUAAGGGAUAAACGCUGGCCAGGAUAUCUUUGAAAAGUGCUCCCAGAUCUUUCACAUUCACCUGACAGAAUGUCAACUCAUUAUGCCAUCCCAGGACGUGAACGCUCAGACUCAGAGAGGAGAGGAUUUCCCAUGAAGCCUGAGCCACAGCUCACUACAGUUGCCCUUGGACCUUAGCUGCCUUUCAUGUCGAACCUUGUUUAUUUGACAGGAAUGUUAGUUAAAUAUGCUUUCGCGUUAAUGAUUCAAACUCCCCUUAUAUUGUCAGACAGACGGAGGAAGAGCUUUCUGAAGGUUUUCGGUAGGACAUCGGGACUGCAACAAUUGGAAAUCAGCCCAAGGUGCCAAAAUUCCUCAUGUCCUCAACUGGUAAAAUGAAAGGAGUUGGGCUGAUAAAUUGUGUGAGGAAAUCAGCUUAGGAGAUGGUCUGAUUGGGAUUCAUUUGUACAACAGUAUCAGACUGGAAACCAUGUCAUUCAAAAGCAGACACUGAGUGAUACAAUCUGGGCAUGAAGGUGUUCGGGUAAACACAAGGGUUUACACUCCCUGAAAGAGUUUACACUCUCUUUCAUUUUCACACAUUUGCAGGUCAUUUACUGAACAAAACAAAAUUGCUCCAGCUUAAAAAUGCAAUAAAUUUUAGAACAUUGGUGUGAA